AUGUUCACAUCUAGUGUUAUUACUGUUCUUGUGUGCACUGUGUCCAGUUUUGCUUUGCGGAACGUUGAGGGAACAAAACCAGUUCUACAGAGAACAGUCGAAGCGCUAUUCAUGGAUAGAUCUCAUAGCACCUAUCCUGGAACUUGCAAAGUCUUUGUAGCAUCAAACAAACAGGCCAAGCUGUGCAGACGUGAACCACUUCUGCCGAAGAUCAUACAGACAGCCAAAAAGCAAGCCAUCAGCGCUUGCAACGAAACCUUCCAAUACGACAGAUGGAAUUGCUCUUUAGUAUUCAAUAGGAAGCCCAGAAAAAGCAUUUUUAACAAAAUCUAUAGAGAGACCGCUCUUGUCCACGCUCUCAUUGCGGCUUCAAUUACUCACGCGGUAGCAAGGGGUUGCGCAUCUGGCGAACUAACCAAAUGUUCCUGUUUGGGUACCUUCAAAAACUCCUCCUGGCAAAUCAAAGGUUGUGGAGACGACUUCAAAUACGGCAAACGGGUUACGAAGAACUUCCUAGAUCUGAAACACGCUGGCAACGAUCAGAUCGGCGAAAUCCUUAAACAAGACGUAAACAUAGGCAUGGACUCCAUCGGGGAACAGCUGAAGGAAGUUUGUAAGUGCCACGGCUUCUCUGGUUCAUGCACGACGAAGACGUGCUGGAAGAAGCUGAGUCCGUUCAACUCGGCCAUGGGUUUGCUGAAGAAGCACUACCACCACGCGAUGAAGAAGAAAUUUGUGAAUUACACGACAAAACGCGCGAUCACUCCAAAAGUGAAGAAGAAGCUGGAGAAGGGGAGGAAUAACCUGGUGUACUUGCAGAAGACGCCGAAUUUAUGCGUAAGCACGAAGGGAAGAGCUUGUAAGGACAGACAUAAUUGUGCGACUCUUUGUUGUGGUCGAGGGUACGUAGUGGAGAAGAAGCUGGUAAGCUCUAGAUGCAGGUGUAAAAUGGUGAAUUGCUGUUUUGUAAAAUGUGAUACUUGUGUUGAGGAGGUCGAAAUGUUUACGUGUAAAUAG